UUAUGAGACAGCAUUAGAGUGGCCACGCAGGCGCUGAGCGACGAGCAAAGUUCUUGAGCGACAGGGCGACGUCGCUCAGCGCUAGAAUUGGUUUUAAUUUUUAGUGCAUCGCUGAGCGACGAAGUGCAAGAAAUGUCGAAAAUAUGCGCGGAAGUUUUAAUUUCGGCUGUUCAAAGCCGAACCGUUUUGUGGAACGACUCUCAUAAAGAGUACAAAAAAAAAAAAUGCUACCGAUAAGCAAUGGAACGAAGAGCCGCAGCAAAGGCCAAAUGGAAAAAUUUAAAGGACACAUACAGAAGGACGUUGCAAAAACUACCACGCCUACCAUCGGGAUCCGAAGCUCAACCUGUUCAAAUCAAAUGGCCAUACUUGGAGCUGAUGUCUUUUUUAAAAAAGACAGUUGCUCCAGAUCCGACUGAGGGCAAUUUGCAGAAGGACGACGAAAGCAUGAAUGAAAUGCUUUCAGAAUUGCUUCAGGACGAUGAAAGUAAUAUGUCUGUGAUGUCAUCUACAAGUACAGUAGGAAAAUCGACGCCCAGAAAAAGAAAAAUGAAUUUGGAAACAGAAUUUUUGGAAAUAGAAAAAGAGCGACUGGAAAUGAUGAAAAGUGUGUUUCCGGAGCGCUCCGAAAAUGGAGCGAAAAAGGAGUCCCAAUGUAGCACCUCUUCGGAGCGAUUGCGGAGCUCUCCGAAGAAGGAUCGAAACGAGACUCCCAAAGUAGCACCUUUUCGGAGUGUUUGCGGAGCCCUCCGAAGCAAAGAAUAA